AUGGGGGAUGUGAAGUGUUUCUUAGAAACAGAGAGAUCAAAUCCAGAGUGUGCCAUAGGGGUUCCAUCCUCUGAAAUCUCGUCUCCAAACUCGGGUAGAUCAUCACAAUUACCAGGACUCACUUCUGCAACCCCUAAAACCACAAGGACUACUACUACUACUACUACUCCCUCUCGUUUCAUUGCCCCUCUUCCUCCUCCUCCUCUUGCUUGCCCAGUUCCGGGAAAGGCAGCGAUCGUGGCCACCAGGCAAGGCUGUCUCGACCUGGAGCUCGAUGAAGAAGUAGCACAAGUAGGCCACAACCACAAGCGGUCAAAUCCUACCAACCACGGUGGUGGUGGCCUUGACGCUUGGCUCCCCAUUACGGAGUCGAGGAACGGCAACGCCUUCUACUCAGCAUUCCAUUCCCUUAACUCCGGAAUCGGAUUUCAAGCCCUCCUCCUUCCCCUUGCUUUCACCAUUCUUGGUUGGACUUGGGGAAUUGUAAGUUUGUCAUUUGCAUUUGGAUGGCAGCUAUACACUCUAUGGUUACUCAUCCAACUCCACGAAUCGGAUCCUGAGACUCGCUACAGUAGAUACCUCCAUCUAGCUAAGGCAGCAUUCGGUGAAAAGCGAGGGAAGUUGAUGGCCUUAUUUCCGAUCAUGUACCUUUCGGGUGGGACAUGUGUUGCACUGAUAACCCUUGGGGGUGGAACCAUGAAGCUUUUCUUCCAGACCGUUUGUGAGGGCACAACCUCAUGCCUCGCCAACCCCCUUACGAACGUCGAGUGGUUUUUGUUGUUUACCUGCACUGCCGUAGUCCUGGCUCAGCUACCUAACCUGAACUCCAUUGCUGGUGUCUCGCUCAUUGGUGCCAUCACAGCCAUGACUUAUUGUACCAUCAUAUGGGUGGUUUCCGUUACCCACGGCAGGGCCGCCGGUGCUUCUUAUGAGCCAUUUCAGCCUAAGUCUGAUAUCGCCAAGACCUUCAGUAUCCUCAAUGCACUUGGCAUCAUUGCUUUCGCUUUCAGAGGCCACAAUCUCGUGCUUGAAAUCCAGGGUACAAUGCCUUCAAUUCAAAAACAUCCAUCUCAGGUGCCAAUGUGGAAAGGGGUGAAAUUUGCAUAUCUUCUCAUUGCAGUGUGUUUAUAUCCUCUUGCAAUAGCCGUCUACUGGGCUUAUGGGAACCAGAUACCUCAGAACAAUGGGAUGUUGUACGCCUUGUUCAAGUUCCAUGGAAAAGAAAUCUCAAGGGUUGUCUUAGGAUUAACAAGUGUGCUUGUGGUAAUUAACUGCCUGAGCUCUUUCCAAAUAUAUGCAAUGCCUGUGUUUGACAAUUUGGAGUUUGCAUACACUAGCAAGAAGAACAAGCCAUGUUCAAGGUGGAUACGCACAGGGAUUCGGGCCUUUUUUGGAUGUUUGGCCUUCUUUAUAGCCGUGGCACUGCCAGUCUUGGGAAGCUUGGCUGGUCUACUUGGAGGAAUCGCAUUACCUAUCACAUUAGCUUACCCAUGUUUUAUGUGGAUUCAAAUAAAGAGACCUCAACGAUAUGGUGCAAUGUGGUUCAUUAACUGGGGACUUGGGAUUUUAGGUAUGGUUCUUAGUUUUCUAGUGAUUGCUGGAGCUGUGUGGAGUAUUGUGGACAGAGGUAUUAAACCCAACUUCUUCAGGCCUUCAUGAGAAGAAACUGUCAUUU